AUGCAGCUAUAUCUAAUCCGCCAUGCCGAAACAGUACAUAAUGUUGGAAGAGUCCUCGCAGGCACCACUGACUCGGCACUGACUAGCCAUGGGAUGGCUCAGAUCAAUUGCCUUGCUCAGCAUUUCGUCUCCACUUCAACCAAAUUCACGACGGCGUUCUCUUCAGACUUGAGUCGAGCAAGGAUCACAGCGGAAGGGGUCUGCUACGCACAAGUUUCACCCAGUGGAACACAGUUGCAACCGAUAUUGACUCAGAGUUUAAGAGAGAAAGAUUAUGGAUCAAUGGAAGGCCGCUUCUGGAAAGAGUCUCCUCCUUCACCAAGGCCACGGGACUGGGUCAUCCCCGAGUCAAAAGAGUCGAUGAGAAAGAGGGCUAAAAGCUUUUUCGACGAACACCUGCUCCCAAUACUGAUGCGUGACCCGAACGGCCGUCAAAACAUCGCAGUCGUUGCCCACGGCAUUAUCUUGCAAGAACUAUCGACAUAUUUAUUUGAGAUAUUCAAUCCAGCGGAUAUCAAUAUGACUACGCUUCAUAGGAGGCCUGUAUGGUCAAACACCGGCUACAUGACGAUACUGAUUACCCCAACCCAGACAGAAAGAACCGUGCUACCUACUGUCAUGCCGGGCUUUGCAUUUGUGGUUCUCAGUAUUGACGACAAGAAACAUCUUGCCAAUCUCCAUCGCACUAGGGGUGGCGUUGGAACCGCCGCACAUGACGUGAAACAAAGAAAGAUUGAUCAAUUCUUCCGAUAA